CCUUCAGCAGCUUCUCUUCUUCCUCGGCUUCAGAAGUUAUUGAUGUGUUUCACUAUGACACGUGCAAUGAUGUGUCUCCAUCUCCUCUUCCUCUGUGGUUUAAUGUGUGCUGCUCUGCCUCCAGCAGCUUUUUACCCCAGAGCUCAGACAGAGAGCGGUGACAGGAAACAUCCAUCUGUCCAUGAUGUGGAAGACCUGAAACUCAUCUUUGAUUUAACCAGAUCUUCACGUCAUGCGGAUGGGCUGUUCACCAGCGGUUACAGCAGACUGCUGAGUCAGCUUACAGCUAAAGAUUAUCUGGAGUCACUGAUGGACAAACGGGUCAAUGGUGACCUGACAGAAAACCAGUUUCCGGUCAAACGGCACUCUGAUGCUAUUUUCACAGACAGCUACAGCCGUUUCCGCAACCAGAUGGCGGCCAGGAAAUACCUGAACUCCAUGCUACAAGGAAAGAGGAGUGUGGACGAUGUAACCCUGUUGGAGGUUUCCAUCAGUCCAGAUGCCACCUCAUCCCAGACCAAUGAAGACUCUGUAUUCAAUGAUAUCACCAAUCAGCUGACUCUGGGUCUGUGAUGUUUGCAGUCCAGAAACAGGAAGUUGUGUCAUCAGCCUAUCAGCCAUGUUUUUUUUUUCAUCUUCUCAGCUUUUGGAGGUCAUUCUUUACUGACCUUUGUCAGUGUUGUGUUUUUGUUAUUGAUCCAGAUGUAUUGAUCCUCGUGUGCUGAAUGAUUGUGUUUCACGUUGUGCAAAAAAAAAAAUCACUGGGUCAUUUCAUGUUUAAGGUGGAGCUUCACCUUGUCAUUGAUUGACCGUGAUCUCUGCUGCUGUUAAUUAUUGAUCAAUAAGCUGCAGUAAAGUUUAAUU